AUGGCUGCCACUCAAACGAUCAUAGUCCCCCACCUGGGCGGCAUCAAGGCGGGUUAUGCCUUCGCCAAGGACCACUAUGAUCCUUCCAAGCCGACCUGCGUGCUCAUUAAUUCGAUGUGCAUGACUGUGUCUCUAUACCAGGAUCAAUUCAACAAUGCCGCCCUAACCGAUGCGAUGAACCUCCUCGCCAUCGAGCCAUUAGGCCAUGGCGCAACCAGUUGUCCCUCUGAACACUUUACCUACUGGGAUUCUGCCCACAUGGCCCUGCAGGUCAUGGACCACUUUGGGAUUCAGAAAUCCUUCGCGCUGGGCACAAGCCAGGGCGGGUGGAUAGUGACCCGAAUGGCCCUGCUAGCUCCAGACCGGAUCCUCGGUCUCAUGCCCCUGGGAACUUCAAUGGAUUAUGAAUCCUCGGAAUCCCGGUCUAAGGGGUGCUGGGACCCGGCUGCCAAUCUCAUGGCGUUUUACGAGAAGUGGUCCAGCCCCUCGGCUACGCCUGACUUUGUGGUGGAUGAUGUCUGGUGUGGGUUGGUUGGUGGAAUUGGCUUUGGGGCUGCGGGUACGGCCGAGAAAUCUGCCUUUUGGACUCGGACCCUGAAGGAAGUAUACCAGGGUGAUGAGGGCCGGAAGAAGGUCCGGAUGGCGCUCAACUGCUUACUGGAGAGAGACGGGCUUCUGCUUCGGAUCGGCGAUAUUAAAUGUCCGGUUCAUUGGCUACAGGGAACCGAAGAUGUUCCUUUUGGAUCCAUCGUUCCGGCAGAGCAUAUCCAGCGUUUCACUUCGUCGGCAGAUGCUAAGCUUGUUAUGAUUGAGGGGGGUGCGCAUUACUUGAAUGCUACCAACCCCAAAGAGGUGGAUGAGGCCCUUCUGGCCAUGGUGACCAAGUACAACGGUUCUGUUACUGUGUAG